AUGGCGGUGGUGUUCUGGAUCCACCUCUGGCACUCCGUCCCACUUAACCUCGAGAUCGACGACCAACUCGUCAAGCAAAACCACAAACGCAUCGCCGCGGUCUCCGGUAUUCUCGCCGCUCACCCUGGCCCCGCCAGAAGCAUAUCCAUCGACCCCUUCAGAAACACUUGCAAGGUUGACACCACGCUCGACAGACGGUUCCGGUCCAGCACCCUAUCUUGCGUCGAGAACCUCAGAUUCGAAGGUGGAACAGUGAUGCGCUCGUUCCCGCUAUCCGCGCUCUGCUGCGCGCCCACGCUGCGCAUUGUCAGCAUUUUUACUUGCUAUUUUCCCGAGAUUUGUGCCAACUCCAUGCUUCUUUUCUCCCAACUCAAGAAGCUCAUGCUCUAUGACGUCUACAUCUGUAAGGCGACGAACAUCGACCACCUGUUCACCCGCUGUAUUGUGCUCGAGGCACUUCACCUUGAGGGGGUCCACGGGUUCACCCACCUCAACAUUCACAUGCCAAAUCUUCGUACAAUUAGUGUGGCUAGCUAUUGGAAACGCAACACCACCGAACUUAUUCAGUUAGACACGGUGCAAAUUAUGGAUGCAUCUUGCCUCGAGAGAUUGGUCAUAUGUGUUCAUGAUGUUCCACUACUAAUCCAGGUCGCCAACGCACCAAAGUUGACGGUGUUGGGCUUUGCGUCGUACCCUGGCUGCCAACUUGUUAUUGGACGCAUAAACUUUUUGGUAGAACAGCCUUCUUCUUGUUGA